UUUCAGGUCCAAAGAUCAGGGCUGGGCUGGCCUGUGGACCAGCUGCAGGGCAUAUAAAACAUGGGGCAAGGCGCAGGCUGAUAGCAGAGCGCUUGCCUCACGGCCUGCAGGCCCUACAGCCCCGGCCUUUUCCGAGGAGCCUAGUGCGAGGAUGGCGCUGGGGAUGGAUGCGCUGCACGACUUUGGCAUCCAGUCUACGCACUACCUGCAGGUGAACUACAGAGACUCCCAGGACUGGUUCAUCCUGGUGUCUGUGCUCGCCGACCUCAGGAACGCCUUCUACGUGCUCUUCCCCAUCUGGUUCCACCUGCAGGAGGCCGUGGGCAUCAGGCUGCUGUGGGUCGCUGUCAUUGGAGACUGGCUCAACUUGGUCUUCAAGUGGAUUCUCUUUGGGCAGCGCCCGUACUGGUGGGUCCGGGACACGGAUUACUACAGCAACACCUCUGCGCCGCUGAUCAAGCAGUUCUCUGUCACCUGUGAGACGGGACCAGGGAGCCCUUCUGGCCAUGCUAUGGGCACGGCAGGUGUAUACUAUGUAAUGGUCACAUCGAUCCUCUCUAUCUUUCGGGGGAAGAAAAAGCCAACAUACAGAUUUCGGUGCCUGAAUGUCACUCUGUGGCUGGCAUUCUGGGUCGUGCAGCUGAGCGUGUGUCUGUCCCGGAUCUACCUUGCGGCGCACUUCCCGCACCAGGUUGUCGCUGGAGUCCUGUCAGGCAUUGCUGUUGCAGAAACUUCCUACCACGUUCGGGGCAUUUACAAUGCCAGCCUCAGGAAGUACAUCCUGGUCACCGGCUUCCUGUUUGGCUUCGCUGUGGGCUUCUACCUGCUGCUCAGGGUGCUGGGCGUGGACCUCCUGUGGACGCUGGAGAAAGCCAGGCGGUGGUGUGAGCGACCUGAGUGGGUACAUAUCGACACCACGCCCUUCGCCAGCCUCCUCAAGAACCUGGGGACCCUGCUGGGCCUGGGGCUGGCCCUGCACUCGGGCAUGUACCGCCAGAGCUGUGGUAGCCGGCUCCAUGGACUCCCCUUCCGCCUGGGCUGCAUCGGGGCCUCGCUCGUGCUCCUGCACCUCUUGGACACCUGGAAGCCUCCAGCCCAGGUCGAGCUAGUCUUCUACAUCCUGUCCUUCUGCAAGAGCGCCGCGGUGCCCUUGGCAUCUGUCAGCCUCAUCCCUUACUGCCUGGCCCAGCUCCUAGGCCGGCCGCAUGGGAAGGUGCUGUGAGGUGCACGGGGGCUGCGCAUCCAAGCCAGUGACUUGCAAAGACCAGAGGACCAGGGCCUCCUGCUGGGCCUUUUGGGUCAGAGGUAUGAGGCCGGCUGCUGAGAGCCUCUGCCGCUCCAUGGUCCCCAUCAUGAUGCGCGAUGGUUUUAAGAAGCCGAUGAGCCCGGCGUUGGAAGCCUGGUCUGUCAGAAGCUGUGACUUUCUUGAUGUCCUGAGAAUUUUUCUUAUUCUCCUGUCCAGGGGACACAGCCAGACCUCUGGGUGGAGCUCAUGAGCCCAGGACAGAGUUCACAGCCGAGAUUCCCUGCUGUGUAGUCCUCACCUCCAAAGGAGAAAGGCGAGGUAGAUAUGCUAGGGAAAGGAGGUUAGGCCAAAGAGGGACUUUUGUAUCUGGCACAUAGUUUUUAGAUGCCAAGCAGGGUCUAAAUGGUUUCAAUGACAUUUGAAGCCUUAGCUGUGGUGCUCUCAAUAAUGCUAGACCAGCUGGGUGUGGUGGCACAUCCCUGCACUUGAGAGGCUGAGGCAGAAGGAUUGCAAGUUUGAAUUGAACCUAGGCAACUUAAUAACCUAAGAGAGACCUUGUCUCAAAAUAAAAAAAAAUAACUAGGAGAGGGCUAGGGGUGUAGCUCAGUAUGAAGGGCCUGGAUUCAAUCCCUGUUGCUAUGCAUUAAAGAACAAAAUUCUGCCUCCGGUAUUUUUCUACUCUCCUUGCGUGGCCAUCGUGUCGAUUUCCCAAUGGUUGCAGUGCCUAAGAUACUGGGUCAGGUCUGCACAUUCGGGCAUGUGUGGGCACUGACUUCUCUUGUGUCUCCUGAAUCUUCCUUUCUGUUAGUCCAGCCCUGCCGUUCCCAGAAUCAUCCUGUCCCUGCAUCUGCCCCGCUAGAGCCUGGUGGGUGAUUCUUUGGUGGUGCUUUGUUGGCUUUGGUUAAGCUGUGGGCCCCUGGCAGGUGGCCAGGGCUCCUCUGAGGAAGGUCACUCCAGUGUCACUCUCGACCCCUGCAGGGUGCACACAACUCCUUUCUCUACCCCAAGCCACCCUGGCCACCACUGCAGACGAACAGCCAUUCCUCAUGCCAGUUUACAGAAUAUACCUCGACACCAAAGGUGCCACAGCCUGUCACCUAAGAGUCUGUGUUUGUGACAAUGCUGAAUGUCAUGCACUGUCAUUCACCCAACUGAGCUGCACUUCAUACCCUGGGAGAAAAGCUCAUGUGCUGUCUUCUAUUAAAGCAUUUUAUUUAAAGAUAAA